AGGCGCGAGUUUACUUUAUUCAAAGAACGGAAACACGCAGGAUCUUUCCCCAAAGUGCCCCUUGGCAAGUGAAACGAACCGCUAGCUUAGACGUUAAGAGUUGAAAACUAGAUUCGACUCCACCGACUUCCCUGUCAAGCGACCGUAAGGCUCGGGCGCCGUUUGGUAGGAGCCACCGCCAUGGCAACCUCUCCUCAGAAAUCGCCUUCUUCGCCCAAGUCUCCGACCCCCAAGUCGCCCCCUUCCCGGAAGAAAGACGACUCCUUCCUCGGAAAGCUCGGAGGCACCCUGGCCAGGAGGAAAAAAGCCAAAGAAGUGUCUGAACUACAGGAAGAAGGAAUAAAUGCCAUAAAUUUACCACUCAGUCCAAUUCCUUUUGAAUUAGAUCCUGAAGAUACUAUGUUAGAGGAAAAUGAAGUUCGAACAAUGAUUGAUCCCAAUUCAAGAAGUGAUCCAAAACUACAGGAACUAAUGAAGGUAUUAAUAGACUGGAUUAACGAUGUGUUAGUGGGAGAAAGAAUAAUUGUAAAAGAUCUGGCUGAAGACAUGUAUGAUGGACAAGUACUGCAAAAACUCUUUGAGAAGCUUGAGAGUGAGAAACUCAAUGUGGCUGAAGUCACACAGUCUGAAAUAGCUCAGAAACAGAAGCUACAGACAGUCCUUGAAAAGAUCAAUGAAACCCUUAAGCUUCCUCCAAGGAGCAUCAAAUGGAAUGUGGAUUCUGUCCAUGCAAAAAGCCUGGUUGCAAUUCUGCAUCUUUUGGUUGCAUUGUCGCAGUAUUUUCGGGCUCCCAUCAGGCUGCCAGAUCAUGUGUCUAUUCAAGUUGUAGUUGUCCAGAAACGGGAAGGAAUCCUCCAGUCCCGACAGAUCCAAGAGGAAAUAACUGGCAAUACUGAGGCAAUGUCAGGACGGCAUGAACGAGAUGCAUUUGACACACUAUUUGACCAUGCUCCAGACAAACUCAAUGUUGUUAAAAAGACUCUCAUUACUUUUGUGAAUAAGCACCUCAAUAAGCUGAAUCUGGAAGUAACGGAACUAGAAACCCAGUUUGCAGAUGGAGUAUACCUGGUGCUGCUGAUGGGUCUUCUUGAAGGUUAUUUUGUGCCUCUUCACAGCUUUUUCCUAACUCCUGACAGUUUUGAACAAAAGGUACUCAAUGUCUCAUUUGCAUUUGAGUUAAUGCAAGAUGGAGGUCUGGAAAAACCAAAACCAAGGCCAGAAGACAUUGUCAACUGUGACUUGAAGUCAACGCUGAGAGUGCUCUACAAUCUGUUCACCAAAUACAGAAACUUGGAAUGAAGAAAAGCACAUCAGGAAGCCACGGGUGGCAAAAAUUGGAACCAAACAACAAAAAAAGCUCUCCUUUCUUUGCAGUCAUUCUCAAUUUACACUACGCUUUCUUGAAAAGAAAGGGCACCGUUUCUUGGAAUGUUCUUUGUCGUUAAAUUUAAAUAUUUUUAUUAGGACAAUUUGAGUUCAGAAAUAUUAGAAAGUGAAAUCUGCUGGAACGUAAUAGGUUUGAUGGGGAAAAAGCAGAUUGCUAUAUGAAUUAACUCUUGGUUUUAACUGUCUUUUAAUUUCUUAGAGAAUAAGCACCAGGCACAAAUCCUGAUCCACAACCAAGCUAAGCUAAAUUACUGCCAAACAGAAUUAAGAAUCUGCUCCAAUGAGCUUUUUGGAGGAAACCUCAUGUACACUGUUUUUAUGUGUAUGUGGAGGGUCUGUUUCCUUGUGCAAGAUGCUCUUUUAUUUGCCCAAGCCUCUCUAGUGCUUCUCCCUUUCAUCACAGGGUUCCUCCCUGCCAUGCUAAGGACAUAAUUGUAAACCCAGACUCUGACUGCAUUGGGCUUUUUCAUCAGUACUGGAGCUGAAACAGAGUUCUAGUCUAUACUAUUUUCCCUUAGAGUCACAAAGUGAUAGGAACAAUGUCCCCCUUACUUAUAGCAGCACCCAAAAACCUUUAGCAUUCAUGUCACAAAUUGCUCUUUAAAGUGUAGAUGGUCCAUAGAAUGAUAUAAGUUGAAAUUUGCCAGUUUAAUUAAUUUAUGGAUUCUACGGUACAUUCUCCUCCCCCUCUCCCUCCCCCUCUCCCUGUCUCUCUCUCUUGUCCCCUCCCCCCCACAAAUGUUUAUUUGGGACAAAUGAUUCAUUUUAUUUAUGAUUCAAAGGAUAUGAAGGGAAGGAAGGAGGGGAAAGGAGAGAGAGAGAGAGAGCAUGUACAGUUUGAUGAUGCAAAUAAAACAACUUGUAUCACUAUAAGGGGCCAACUUUUUGUUCCCAUUAUAUACAUUCCACAUAUUUUUCAUUCCUAUAAAGUCUGCAUGAAUAUAUGCAACUGUGCACUUAAAAUAACAUACAGUAUAGUAUCUUUGGUGGUAAAAUACUCUUGUUUACUUGCAAAGACUGAGGUACGAAAUAUGUACAUACUUUAAAAGUGUGGAAAAUAUAGAGCAAGAUAGUACGGUGCUAUAAACGUUGAAAAAAUAAAUGGGGUUAGUUCUGCCAGGGUACUAAAAGAAAAUAAAAAUAAGCUUUGUUUACUUAAUGAUAAUGAAAAGGAAAGAAUAUAAUUGAUAAUAGUAAGAUAGAAGGUUUAAAGAAAUGCAAAAGAAAUCAUAAAACCACAGAAAGAGAAGUGUUUAUGUUUAACUUGUUUUCUGAAUACCUCAGAUGAAUGAGAAAUUCUAAACAUUUACAGAAAACCAAACAAUGCUGUACUGUUGGUUUUGAGCAACAGAAUUAGCUUGUAUACAGAUAAAGUAUAAAUUUUUAGUAUAAUAUAUUUUUAUUCAACUUAAUUUACACUUAUUUUGUACUGAAAUUUUAGAGCAGUUUAGAAAUGUAUUCUCUAUGGAAAAUGAUAAACUUAAAUGUAAAAUAAUACUCUCUACAUAUUUUAUAACGUUAGAUUCUGAUUUUAAAUAGAUCUUUCAUUUAGUAUCUAGGUAUUACACAGUAACUUUGUUUUUGUAGCUCAAAGAAAACUGUUCAUGUGAUAUAAGGUCAUGCCUUUUGCCUUCCAGAAGCUGAGACAGUGCUAUAAGUAUUCAAGGGCCCAGAUCCAAUUUCAUCCAAAACUUCAUUUGUAGUAAAUUUGCCAUGAGGUAUUUUAUAGGGUUUAUAUAUUGCUCAAAUUACUAUAAGAAUUGUUUUUGAGUGGUUAUAUGCCCAAGUAAAAUCUUUGUUCAUAUAUUCGAAUGUGAUUUGUUACAUGCCGUUUUUCCUUGUAUGAGGAUUGUGAUAUAGAUGCUAUAUAAAAUGUGUCUAAAUUAUUUUAUAUGUUCAAGGGAACUAGUUCUCUGUGAAUUCUUGAUCCUUGAGCUUUGCCCAUUGUCAAGAGACAGGAUUUUAUGUUUAAGGUUCAGAGAUAUUGAGUAGACCCUAGCUCAGCAAGUGAUCAUUCUCUAAAAUUCUUUUGGAUAUUGGAUUCUGGAUUUAUGUUCAGUUUGAUUUAACCUCUUUGAGCAGCAACAUGUUUCGCCAUGUGCAGAAGCUCCAGGGAAAAGCUGGAUGCUCACUGCUUACAUUGCAAAAUCAAAGUUAAUAUCGUGAAGGAGAAAAGGUUGGAAUUGUUGGUGAUUGCCAAGAAAAGCAACAAUUCUUCACCAAGUCAUUAUUUAUGCUAAGUAAGGGGAAGGGGCAAGUCACAUCAUGCCAACCAUUUAUGAUCCUUUUUAAAAAAAAAGGAAAAAAAGCACAAAACUGAAAAGCUUGAACUCUUGUGGCCAAUCUAGCCAACUUACACAAAAUGCAAACAAGUGGUUUUUAAAAACAAAAACAAAAUUCAAUGCUCUCAUAAUAGGAUAACAUAUCCAACGUAAAGAUGAAACAAUAAACAUCCUUUGUUAUUACUGGGCACAACUUAACUGUUUAGUUUUAAAAAUAAGGUUUGUGUUUUAUCCACUAAAGGGACAAAUUCUUGAAAAGAUUUUAAUUAGUCAACAAAAAGUAAAGUAAGCAAAAUUGUACCAAAAAAAAAAAAGCAUCUUUCCAUUUCUAAUCAGUCCACGUAGAAACUAGUAGUUGGUGCAUGUAUGUGUGGAAACAGUUGUUGUUAGUUGCGAAGUCGUGUCCGACCCAUCGCGACCCCAUGGACAACAUUCCUCCAGGCCUUCCUGUCCUGUGGAAACAGUAUUAUAUUGUAAUUUAAGUUUCUAAGUGAAAGCAGAACUUUCAGUUGUGCAAAGUUCAGCAGCUUAAUCUACAUAUAUGUUAGAUUAAGAAAGUGAAGUGGAAUUCAACACACUCUGUUCAUGUACUUUGUUUUCCCAGAUAUAUUUCCAAAGAAGUUUUGUCAAUUGUAUCUCUGAAAGGAGAAUACGUAGCGCAAACAAACCUGGUUUCUCAUCAGACAAGAGUCAGGUUUUCCUCUUGGUUCAAGAUGAUGGGCUAGAUAUAUAGCUGUAUGUUCUUGGCAAACAGGCCCCUGUGAUAUGGGAGCAGAUCUGACAGGGAGGAUGGGCUCCAAGUCCCUUUCAUCAAACAGUGUCAUCUUUUUGGACCCAAGAGCUUUCCAUCUGGUAGUGCCUAUCCUAUGGAACAGCAUCCCUGCAGAGGCCCAGAUGGCUCCAACCCUGUUAGCUUUUUGUAAGGCAGCGAAGACCAGGCUGUUUCCCCAGGCAUUUGGGCUAGGUUAGGUAAGCUCUGCUGGUAAGGCUACUUUUAUGACUUGGGUUUAGUGUUUUAAGCUCAGGUGUCAUGGCUGUGUUGUUUUAAUUUUGUUCGCUGCCCAGACUUAACUAGGCAGCCCUAUAAAUCAUAUAAAUAAAUAAACAAAUCAGGCUAAAGAAACUUCCUGACAAGAAUAUUGUUCCAGUUUGAAAGCACCCCUGAACAACUGUGCUGCUAUAAUCUUGGCUGGGCUUGAGAACUAAACCAAUUUAUUUCUGGCCCAGCUAGAAUGUGUUUGAAACUGCUGUAAACCUAACAUUUUCUACAGCUCGAUUAAGCUUCUGUAGCCCCUCAAACCUCCUCCCAACAGUUGGGCUUCAACAGCCUUUGCAGUUCUUUGGAAGAGAACGGUGACUUAAUAUCCCCCUCAGAAUAUCCACUCAAGACUAUUUUACAAGAUGAAUAUAACCAACCUGAGGAGAGUUAUGUAAACUUCAUUUUAUCAUUUUGUGUGGAAAGAGAGUUUAGAGUAUUUUGUUCGAGGGCAGUGACUGUUCACUCUACUUCAGUCUUGUAAAGUUGGCAGAACCUGCUUUUGAAGAUUGGGGCUGAAAAAUUGGAACAGUAUGGAAAUGCCCUAAAUUAGCGGAGUUACGGGCUUAUGUAUUUAUCCUACUUUUCCAACUGUUGUUCUGUCACAAUAAUUUGCCAGUACUGUAAGUUCAUCUUGUGGUAGAGAUAGAGAUAUAUAUAGAGAGAUGGAAUCGUAGGUAGGUAGGUAGAUGUAGAUAUAGAUGAGAGAGAAACACACACACGCGUGCGCACACAUGCACACAUACACAUACAGACACAAACAUGUAGGGAUUUUGAUACAGCAAGCUUUUGAGCCUGAUCUGCCAUUCAAUUAUGAUUGCAUAUAUAUUAAGAUAAAAGUCACUUAAUCAGUGUAAUUGAUCUUAGACUAUUUUAAAAACUGAUGUUUUCAUUGAUGUUUCAAAUUAUUAUUCUUGAUCCUUUUCAGCCCUUUAUUUGUUCAGCAUUAGCCUGCUACAUUGCAAAAGGAUGUUUGUAUUGUAUUUCACCACAGUAGCCAGAAUGUCAUUGUGUGUUUUGAAAACACAUUAUGGCAAACUUCACUUAUUGUUUCUUUUGAUGUAGCUUCGUCACCAAAAGUGUUUGUUAAAAUUGUAAGGAACAAAUCACAUCGAUUUAACAAUGUUUCUUUCUGAAUAGGGUUUGUAUUUUAAAAACUUUAAACACCAUAGCAUGUAACAGCUGUAAUUGUGCGGGUUUUUUUCAAUGGGCUGUCCUUUCCUGUUGCAGGUAAACUAGCAUACCUAAAUGCUUCCAUUCUUUCAGAAGUCAUCUAAUGAGGCUGAGAGGUUAGAAUCAGGAAUUUGAAGCAAGUACUUAACAUCCCCUCCUGUGCACUAGGUGGGGUAUAAUCAAUAAGUAUUGAACCCACUGAACUAAACUAGCAAGCAGUGUAUCGUAACUGCUGCUACUGUGUAUGUGUGUUAAUUUAAUACUUGUUUGAAGUCAAUUACAAAUAGGCAAAAGUCUUCUAACUCUAGAUUUCAAUACAUUUUGAAAUUUGUUUGAUGUGGGGGGGAAAAUGGGCUGGCAUUGGAAAUACAUUCAGUGAAUAACGUGAGAACUUCAGGAAUUAUUUUCUAUAAUGUUAAUGAUCUUUUAACACUUCCUGCUCCUGUGCAUUUUAAUUUUUAUAAAUUAUUCUCUGUCAUCUGGAUAAUUUAAAAUGGUGCUUUUCAAUUAUUCUGUCUAAUAAAUCAGUUCACCUUCAA